UUAAGACAAGUAAUUUGAGUCACGCGCCUCCGCACGUGACAAGAACUAUCCAUGCCUGCAAAACUCUUGGAUUUAUUUAUAAAACAUUGCCAAGUUGAAAGAUAGAGACCUGACUAUGAUCUUCAUUUCAUACCUAAUCAAAGGCUAACUGUUAUUUACAAUUUUAAAAAAAUAUGUAAGUGGAAAAGAAUAGAUUAUUAUAUUAGCUAGGACUUGGUUUUAAUGUUUAUAAACAUUUCGUGACGUGUCUCUCCCCUCAGCAGGAGCGGAGAGUACUUGACGCCAUAUACUCAUAGUGACAAAUUUUGCCCGCAGAUAUCUAAUUAUCUAAUAUACCAUUUCCACCAAUAUUUACAAAAGCUUAAGAUCGCAAAUUAUUUUAUUAGGCAGCUAAAAACAUGAUCCUUUUUUUUUAUAAAGUGUUAAAACGGACCCCUAUCAGUGAGGCUCUCUCUAUUUCCGGAGAGUUGAAACUUCAUUCGCAAAUGAUGCAUUGUACUGUUGGAACAAAAUAAUGCCGAAAGCUAAGUAGCGGUUGGUGCGGCCUAAAUUUGUUUAAUGAAACUUUGUUUUCUUAAGCUUAUUUAGCGUAGGAAGUCGCAAGUCUGACUCGCAAUGAACUUGGUCGGAAACUCGGAUACCAUAUUAAAUUUGUCGAAAUCAGGUAGCGCCUCUAGCUCCGACUAAUCGCUUGUCUACUCCUCGGACAACGUGAGGAGAGCUACAUACAUAAUAUUGAGUCCGGUUUUACUCACAUCCAAGAAUGACAAGCAGCUUAUUAUUAUUGAAACCAUAAUUAAACAGUCAAGUAUUUACUUGUUUAAAUAUGCACAAACAUACCUUCAUACCUACUUCGAUCAAACUAAUCAGAUAUCUAUAGUGGUAUAAUAGUAGAAGUAACGAUUACGAUCUGUCACACUUUUUGUGAAGAUAGUAUUAUUAUGUUAUCGAGUUGGCGAUGUGAUUCGAGGUGUUCAAGCCCGGGGCAUGAGGACAGUACUGUACAGAGACGGUCCUAACGUUCUGUUCGUAACUUGAACGGUCUUUGACAUAUACCUAAGACCCGCUGUGUGGAUUACAUUCUUACAGUGUUUUAUAGUUGUUGCACAGUUAUGGGCAGGUUAUGGUGUGUAAUAUAAGUUUUACGACAUUUCCCAAACAGUUGCCUCCCCGAUAACGUUUGGUACUGGACAUCGACACUACGGUUCCUACCUAAAUCACUAUAAAAAGUGUUCGGCCUAAGUAGCUACCUAGUAGGCCUAUGUCAUGUGAUAUACACUAGUCACUAGUGUAUACAUAACAUGCUAAUUGUUUUGUUAACUUAAAAGAGGAAGGCCACAAGGAGCGGGUGGGAAAUCCGCGAUACUGGUAGCAAUGUCACAGUAGAUACCACGAGAUUGCUCUGCGAUAAGUGUUGUCUAUAAAUGUUCUAUAGGUAUGAGAAUCGUAGUUAAACAAUGGAUCCAAGUGUAAUCAUAUUUGCGUAUCAGUCAGAGUGUUCGAAAACGUGUCAAUGUCGCUAAAAUCAAAGUGAUGUGCGCCGACGCUCCAGUAAUCGUUGACACACAUCUCCACGCAACAUGCACUAUCUCUCUAUCUCUGCGUAUCAUGCCACACUAAUUAUAUUCAUUUCUUCGACAAAUAAACAGCUCAUAUUUUGCCGUGAACUCGACUAUAACACCUAAUCAAACUGGGUAACUUCGUAGUUUCCGAAAACAAUAAUGACUUUACAACCAUUGUUAUAACUCCAAAUACCUUUGUCAAUACAUUUCACUAUGUUAACUUCUAUUUUUUUUCCAUUCCAUUUCCACUCUCGUUGCCUACGAGAUGAGGCAUUAUCUCAAUAGGAGUCCUCUUAAUUUACUUAAGUAUGAAUCAACUAAGUGGACUUGGUCAGCAAUAACCACACAUACGGCUCCAAGGACAGAGCAAGGAUCGAGCCUAGUUUCAAGUUCAGUUUGCGCCGUGGUCGCACGUGAGGAUAACACCAAGUCAGUACGAAAAGUAUAAACCAUUACACCAGUGACAACAAACAGACACAAGAGGUUACGAGAACAUCCAUGAAAUAUGCACUGCCUGGUAAAUGUAUGAAUUGUAUCAUGAUUAUUGUUAUGUCUAGUAGAAUUGGGCCCCCGGGCCCGAUUCUGCUAUUUACAAUGGCCGAUGAAUGUAAAGCAAUUUUGAUGGACUAGGGGUAGGUACUACUGGUAUCAUUAAAUGUACAUGCUAUAAAAUGACUUCCGCUAAUCUUGCCAAAAACUACAUUACUGCUAGGUUUCACUUUAAUAGAAGUUGUUUAUACAGAAGUUUCUCCUCAUUCAAGUUCCUUAUUACGUAUGUUUCUACGAGGUUCAACAGAUUUUGAAAGUGAUACUGAGUGUUUACUAACAAUCUGUAUUACGAAUACAAUAUGAUGUGCGGGCUGGCUGCCGGCGCGCGGCGGCACGGCUCCGCUAUGACAUUCAACUAUAAUAGCACGUCCUAGGAAUGCACACAUUCUGGUUACUGUUGGAUAUUAUGAGAAACUAAGUUGCUGUUUACAUUACCGCAGGUACUUUUCCAGUCGCGAAGCGUUUACUGAAUACUGAGGAAUUUAUUGAUUGUGCACCGGCUUUUGGAAAAAUUAUAAAUUGCCUGGUAGCUACGGUGCUACGAGAUGUUGUCGUUUGAUCUACGUCGGUGAUAGGUGUGUUGACCGUAGCGGCUGGCGUCCAGUGCGCGGCUGCAGCACGCUGAUGUCGGCGCUGAGCUGCGAGUACUCGACCAGUGUCCCUGCAGCGGCCGAGCGCGCCGCCGCCGCACCCGUAUACACCCACUCACACACGGACGUCGUUACUUACGGCUGUAUUACCUAUUUUUAUUUAUACCCCUAAAUAAAUAUUCUUGAUAAUAAUAUGUAUUGUCAGCAUCAUUCGCUGAAUUAAUUACCGGUUUCAAGUCCGUGCUUCAAUACCAAGUGAUGACUAUGGAUAUGAUGCUUUGUGAUGUGUUUUAAGUGACUAUCAGUGAUGGUGAUAUGAAUGCUUCCUGUUGAGCGGUGAGCGCCGAUUGUGGCGAGCAGGCGCACGCGCACUUCUGUGGUGGCUUUAUCUGUCUUAUUUGUGUUUACCUAGCAAAUUGGAAACGUUCGGCUGAUACCAAGAUAAUUAAUUAAACGGACGGCGCGACAAGUCGCCCAGUCAAAAGCACAGUAAGGCUCGUACGGUCGGCACCGACAGGCUUGGGUUCGGCUCACGACAGUAACCUCCGCCAAUAAUAUAAUAUUUAAAAUACUUGAACUGAUCAAACAAGCCGAUCCCGCCAAUCGAAGCUCAGUGUACUAGCGGCGGAGCAGCAUGGAGUACGAGGAGGGCCUGGUCGGGCGCGGCGGCAAGCGCGCGGGGCGCUGGCGGCGCGCGCUGCGGCGGCGGCUGCCCGUGCUGCGCUGGCUGCCGCGCUACGACCGCGUGUCGGCCGUGGCGGACCUGGUGGCCGGCGUCACGCUGGGCCUCACGCUCGUGCCGCAGAGCAUCGCCUACGCCUCGCUCGCCAACCUGCCCGUGCAGUAUGGACUGUAUUCCUCCUUUAUUGGCACCAUGAUGUACGUGUUGCUGGGCACGGUGAAGGAGGUGUCGAUUGGGCCCACCAGCCUGAUGGCGCUGUUCACGCUGCAGGUGUGCCGCGGCCUGCCCGUCGAGUUCGUCGUGCUGCUCACCUUCCUCUCCGGCUGCGUCGUGCUCGCCAUGGGCCUGCUGCGUCUAGGUUUCCUGGUGGAGCUCAUCUCGCCGUCGGUGACGAGCGGGUUCACGUCGGCGACGGCGGUGAUCAUCGUGGCUGCGCAGCUCAAGGGCCUGCUGGGGCUGAGCUUCACGGCCGAGACCGUGGUGGACAACUUCCGCUACAUCAUCGCCAAGUGGGACGACAUCCGCUACGCCGACGCCGCGCUCGGCGCUGUCUGCUGCUCCGUGCUGCUGCUGCUCAGGAAAGUGAAAGACAUCCCUGUGAGCGAGAAGCGCCCCAAGCUGCGGCGCGCGCUGUGGCUGCUGUCCAUCAGCCGCAACGCGCUCGUGGUGCUGGCGGCCUCCAGCUUCGCCUACCUCACACAUCAUCCUAACCAGCCGCUCUUCAAGCUCUCCGGGCGUGUGGAACCGGGGCUGCCGAGCUUAUCGCCGCCGCCCUUCAGCGCCGCCGUGGACAACAGCACCAUCACCUUCGUGGACAUGGUGCAGCAGCUGGGCUCCGCCGUCAUCAUGAUGCCCGUCGUCAUGGUGCUCGCAAACAUCGCCAUCGCUAAAGCUUUCUGCGCGGGCGGGCGCGUGGACGCCACGCAGGAGAUGGUGACGCUGGGGCUGUGCAACAUGGCGGGCUCGCUGGUGCACGCCAUGCCCACGUGCGGCGCCUUCACGCGCUCCGCCGUGAGCCACGCCAGCGGCGUGCGCACCCCCGCCGCCGGCCUCUACUCCGGUAUUAUAACUCUGCUGGCACUGAUAUUCCUGACGCAGUACUUCUACUUCAUUCCUAAGGCUUGCCUCUCCGCCGUUCUUAUCUGUGCCGUGGUAUUUAUGGUGGACGUGAGCGCGGUGCGCGAGCUGUGGCGGCGGGACCGCGCGGAGCUGGGCGUGCUGGCGCUGACGUUCUGCGUGAGCGUGGCGCGCACGGUGGAGCUGGCCGUGCUGGCGGGCGCGCUGGGCUCGCUGGCCGUGCUGCUGCGCCAGCUCAUGCGCCCCGCGCUGCACGCGCACACGCUCAAGACGGAGGCGGGCUCGGCGCUGGUGGUGCGCGCGGGCGCGGGGCUGGUGUACGUGAACGCGGAGCGCGUGGCGCGGCGCGUGCUGGCGGCCGCGCGCUGCGGGCCGCGCGCCGUGCUGCUGGACUGCGCGGCGCUGGCGCUGCUGGACCACGCCGCCAUGCAGGCGCUCGAGCGCCUGGCCGCCGCGCUGGCCGCCGCCGGCCACCGCCUGCUCCCCUACAACGUGAGCGCCGACCUGCUGCACAAGUACGAGCAGCUGGCGGGCGUGGAGCGGCGCGCGCUGCGGGCCACCAGCGCCGGCGCCGCGCUGGCGGCCGCGCCCGAGCCGCGCGCCGCCGCGCCCUCGGAGGCCGCCGCGCUGCUGGCCCAGUGA